CGGUGUGCGGAGUGCGCAGGCGCAGAGUGAAUCUUGAGAAUUUUCCUUCUGACAGCAGGGCAUCGAAAUCAUAAUGAAGUGCAUGUUGACCCACCUGGGCCGCUGGGCCACACCCACGCUGAGCCGCGCACUGCAUUCUGGAGCGCGCUCCUCAUCGUCGGUGGCGUCCCGCGCCAAGCGCGACGAGCGCCAGCUCACGUCCGAGCAGAUUUACUCUCGAGAGGAACAACACGGAGCGCACAACUACCACCCGCUACCCGUCGCCCUGCAGAAAGGAGAGGGAAUUUACGUCUGGGACGUCGAGGGUCGCCGCUAUUUCGACUUCCUGAGCGCGUACAGCGCCGUGAAUCAGGGUCACUGCCACCCGAAGAUCAUCUCUGCUCUGAACGCUCAGGCGUCGAGACUGACUCUGACCUCCAGAGCUUUCUACAAUGACGUGUUGGGAGAUUAUGAGGAGUACGUCACCACGCUGUUCGGCUACGACAAAGUUCUGCCCAUGAACACAGGUGUCGAGGGUGGAGAGACCGCCUGCAAGCUGGCACGCAAAUGGGCUUACAGCGUGAAGGGUGUUCCCAGGUACGAGGCCAAGAUUAUCUUCGCAGAGGGUAAUUUUUGGGGUCGUACAAUGGCGGCCAUCUCCAGCUCCACGGACCCCAGCAGCUAUGAUGGAUUUGGCCCCUUCAUGCCGGGAUUCGAGCUCGUCCCCUACAACGACAUCCCUGCUCUGGAGAAAGCUCUGCAGGACCCAAAAGUUGCAGCGUUCAUGGUGGAGCCCAUCCAGGGUGAAGCUGGUGUGGUGGUUCCUGAUGAAGGCUACCUGACCACAGUGCGCGAGCUCUGCACCAAACACAACGUUCUGUUCAUUGCUGACGAGGUGCAGACGGGUUUGGCUCGGACGGGUCGCAGGUUGGCUGUGGACCACGAGGCUGUGCGGCCAGACCUGGUGGUGCUGGGCAAAGCUCUGUCUGGAGGGGUGUAUCCCGUGUCUGCAGUGCUCUGUGAUGAUGAGGUGAUGCUGACCAUUAAACCAGGAGAACAUGGCUCCACCUACGGAGGAAACCCACUCGCCUGCAGAGUCGCCAUCGCUUCCCUACAGGUGAUGGAGGAGGAGAAACUCGCUGAAAACGCUGAAAAAAUGGGGCAGAUCUUGAGAGCGGAGCUUAACAAGCUUCCCAAAGAGGUAGUAACGAUGGUGCGCGGGAGGGGCCUUCUCAACGCCAUCGUCAUCAAAGAGACUAAAGACUACGACGCCUGGCGGGUGUGUUUGCGCCUUCGCGACAACGGGCUCCUGGCCAAGCCGACUCACGGCGACAUAAUCAGACUGGCCCCGCCCCUCAUCAUCAAAGAGGACGAGGUCAGGGAGUGCGCCGAAAUCAUCCAGAGGACCAUCCUGUCGUUUUAAACUCGACCGCUGCACAAUGGCAACCAACAAUCAAAACCCAUCUCUGUUUAUCCAACCCCCAACCAUGAAGUAAUGAAUGUAAUGAAGGAAUGUGGACGGACUAGUAUAGAAAGAAACAUGUACAAAUUUUGCUUUUAUGAGCAUAAAUGUUACAUUUUUGUAAAGUUUUUAUGAAUAUGAAGCUUUUUGAGAGGAUCUUUAGAUCCACGUUUCUAAUCUAGGGGUCGGGACCCCAGAAAAGCGUCCCAAAAUUCCCUGGGUGGUACGAGAGUAGUGAUAUCAAUGUAUUGUUAAUCACGCUAUUAGAAAAAAGUAUGUGGACACCAGCCUCUACUUUUCAGCCACACAUAUUGCUAAGUUUGUUUUGUGGCACCGCUGACAUGGUCUAAAAAACAGGGAUUUGAUGAUUUUAGACAGUCACGUCUUCAGGAUGAAUUGGAAGAUGAGGGGUCAACUUUACAUCAUUGUCUGGUCAGGUGUCCACAUACUUUUGGCCAUAUAGCGUAAAUUUGUUUUGCACUGCUGAGAUAAAGCAUCUGUUUGCAGGUUUUAAGCUACAUAUUAAUUAUUAGUAUUGAUUAUUGUAAGUGCUGAUCACACAAAGCGAACUGUACGUCAUGUUCAGUCUGAAACCAGCUGCAUCUUACAGCACGACUUUUCAUUUUAUUUGUAAAUUAAUAACUGAAUAAGGUUUGACUGUGUGGACACAACAAUAAAUCAUUUACUAGCCACAAACUGGCAAA